CUCCAAGCAAGUCCAAAGCCAAUUGAAUACCCAGCCGCCUGCCUGGCCAACACCCCCCUCUAAAAAAAGAAGAAUGGCAUCCCUCGCCCGCACCGCGCGAACCGCCCUCGCCGACGCCCGCACAACCGCCCCCUCCCUCCGCGCAGCCCUCACAACCGUCUCCCACACCCUCGACACCAGCAACGUCCCCGAACCCCUCCUCCGCUCAGGCCAGCACAUCCCCGCCGCAGCCCUUACAAAAGCCAGCGGGCCCCCCAAACUAUCCGCCCGCGCACCCAAACCCAGCGCCCCCAGCUCGCCCCACGCCCGCUCCGACAUCGUAACCCAACACAUCACGCCCUCGAUCCGACACCUCCUGCCGCUGCUGCACACACAGCCCGCGCACUACAUCACCGCGCACAUCCACGGGCACCCGUAUCUGCUCACAGCGGGGGACACGCUGCGCCUCCCGUUCCUGAUGCCGCACGUCAAGCCGGGGGAUAUCCUGCGGCUGAAUCGCGCUACGCAUAUUGGUAGUCGUGACUAUACGCUCAAGGCGCCGGCGACGGUCAAGGGGAAUGCGGACCAUGGGAAGCAGGUUUUUUACCUUGAUGAGCGGCUGUUUACGUGUCGGGCGAGGGUUGUGGGGAUUGAGACGGAGCCGUUGAGGGUUGAGGAGAAGACGAAGCGUAGGCAGAGACAUGUCAAGCAUGUGUUUAGUAAGAUGCGGUUUACGGUGCUGAAGAUUAGUGAUUUGGAGGUGAGGGGGUUGGAGGAGUAUGAGAAGAUUGUUGGGGGGAAGUGAGGGGCUGUGAGGUUGAAUUACAAUGGCUGUAUUUGUAUGUGUGGAUAGUAGGGGUAUAUCAGGCGCGGCAUAGCAUUGUGUGCGUCACGUAUCGGAGCAAUUCGACGUCAAACAUAUCAUGUCUUCGUUUGAUCAUGCUCAUGAUAUCGUCAUGUGCUGUAAGUACACAUCAGCCAGCGUCUUUGCCUGGCCCUGUACCACUACAUCUCCGCUAGAACAGCUGUCUAGCAGCCGUCUAGUACCUGCACGCACAGCGUAGCAUGUCUUGCAGCAUUGCCGCGAUUGUACGACAUGACAUCGGCAAUGCGAACUUGAAAGAUUCGUCAUCUCCCCCACAACCUCUCAAUGCACCGCCUGAGACGCGUAGAACUCUGGAUACUGGUUCUGAAUCAUCGUCGUUACCUUUUCCACCUCCUCAGCCAGACCCUGCACAUUCGUGUCCCACUUCCUCA